AUGGCUUCCUUGUCAUCCCCAUUGGACUUGUCCCAUCAUUUCAGCGUCACAACCAAGCGCCGUGCUCCGAGUGCCGUUAAAGACUUUUACAAGUAUUUUGUGAUCCCCGGCAUCGCCAAUCUUACUGGUGGAAUGCCACAUGCUUCUUAUUUUCCAUAUGAUACUCUAGAAGCGUCUGUCGCCCAUCCUCAGCGAUUUCCGACUGUACCGGGUGGAAAGAAGGCCAAAGGCUCCGAAUCGAGCGAAAGGAUAGUCGUGCCUAAAGAAUCCCAGAGCGCGGCUCCGAAGAAGAUUGAUAUCACAACAGCCUUGCAAUAUGGCACCGCUGAGGGUCUUCCCCCUCUGGCGGGUUUUGUCAACCAGUUUGUUCGCGAGCAUCUUCACCCGAACGUUCCGUACGCUGGCGGUCCUGGCACCCUUCUGACCACGGGCGCUACUGACGGCUUCUCCAAGGCGAUCGAAGCUUUUACUGAAGUAUGGAAUCCUGACCGUGACGGGGUAGAUUCGCGUCAGGGUCUUCUCUGCGAGGAAUUUGUGUAUAUGAACGCUAUCCAGACCGUCACGCCAAGGGGGCCGAACAUCGUCACGGUAGCUAUCGACGCCGAGGGUAUGUUGCCACACGGCCCGGGAGGAUUGAACGAAGUUUUGGAGAACUGGGACUACCGCAGAGGACGUCGUCCGCAUCUACUAUACACCAUCACCAUCGGUCAGAACCCGACCGGAGGCACAUUGUCUGUCGAACGCCGCAAGCAGAUAUACGCGAUCUGCCAGAAGUACGACGUGAUAAUUGUUGAAGAUGACCCGUACUGGAACCUGCAGUAUCCGUCAGCCCAGGAGCUGCAAGCACAAUAUCGCAAGACGCCAGUUAACCCAACUUUGUCAAAGCGUAAUUACAACGCGGGGAAAAAGUCUUCUGGGUACGAGUUUCUUGACUCCCUAGUACCGUCGUACUUGUCCGUCGACACCGACGGCCGAGUGGUUCGCUUGGACACCUUCUCCAAGACCAUUGCUCCGGGAUGCCGUCUUGGGUGGAUGACGGCACAGCCAGCUGUUAUCGAACGGCUGUCGCGGAUCGCAGAGUCAUCGACUCAAGCACCAUCCGGCUUCGUUCAGGCCAUGGUCGCUGAACUGAUUCUCGGCCAGCAACUGGACGACAAAUCCACAGCUUCUCAGAAACACAGCGGCACCGAGAAAGCCUGGCAAAUGGAUGGUUGGGUCCGCUGGCUCGAAGGUCUGCGAGCAGGGUACGAACAUCGCAUGCAGCAGAUGUGCAGUGGUCUGGAGGAGGGUAAAUACGUUGCCAUCGGCACCGAAAGACCGGACGAAUUCACAUCGAGCGAAAAUAACGAAGACUCCUGGGAGGUCUUGGAUAAAGUUCAGAUGUACGACUUCGCGUGGCCCACUGGCGGUAUGUUUGUCUGGGUCAAGGUGAACUACGAGAGCCACCCCUUGCACCAGAAGUAUGGAACUGCAAGGCUGGCCAAAGCGCUAUGGGUACACUUCACACAAAAGCCGCAUCUUUGUCUUCUUGGCCCAGGCACAAUGUUCUCGCCAACAGAAGAGGUGCGAGCUCGCGGGCUCCGAUAUUUCCGGCUGUGCUUUGCUGCAAUGCCUGCAGACGAUGUCGCCCCGAUCACUCGACGAUUAGUCGAUGGCUUCAGUGCUUUCUGGCAGAGAAAAAACCUUGAUGGGCUUGAAGACCCUGAGAGUACAGCGCAAGCCAUGGAACGGUUGCAGAUGGAACCUUCUGUUAACUUUCUGGGAAUGGGCUGUUGA